AUGAAUCGAUCUUCUUCCACUAAUCGUUAUCCAUCUGUUCAGUCGAUUGUAAUUAUUGCUAUUAUUGUUUUCUGUAUUGUAGCCAAUUUUUGGCCAACAAUUAAGGCUACUGAUACUACUAAUGCUACUGGUUUUAAUGAUACAAAAGAUAACAAAACUCAUGAAAUUGAGCAUAUUCCAGAGGUUAAAGGUUACCAGAAUAAGGAUGGUCGAUCGCUUCGUAAUGUAGAUAAUAUUCAAAUUCCAAAUUCACGAUGUCCAAAUUUUUGCGAAUGUGAACAUGCUAUUUGGAAUAAUGGCACUACUGGUAGUACCACGGAAAUUUCCGUAUAUUGCCAUGAAGGUGGCCUGGAACAGACAGCAUUCUCUAAACUUCUCAAACAAAUUCCCAGAGAAGUAACAGUUUUGGAUGUUGAAGCACCAUCAGAUCAUCCAAAUCAUCUUCUCUGGGAUGAUAAUUUAAAUCAAUUGCGACAUUUACGCGUUCUACGACUUGUCAAUUGCGCCAUUCCAGCAAUUAGUCGUGCUCUGAAAUUACGCACGUUAGAAGUACUUGAUCUUCGUGGAAAUCGAAUUCAGCACUUGCCAGUUUCCAUAUUUUCUGGUGUACCAUCUAUAAAAGAGCUUAAUUUAGCCAAAAAUUCAUUGAGCGUCCUGCCAACAGGCGCUUUUACAUAUCUUAAAAAUUUACAAAUUCUAUCACUUGCACAUAAUAAUAUUACCGAAGUUACGGUAAAUUUAUUGCGUGAUUUGAAAAAGUUGAAAUCACUUCAUUUGGAUGGUAAUCGAAUACCUGUAUUGCAAUUUAAUUUACUUUUUGCGGAUAUUCCACAACUGGAACGAUUAGAGCUAAAUGAAUGUGGCUUAAGUAUAGGAGCCGUAAACAAUUUAGCAUUGGAUAAAUUUCAUUCCCUAAAACAACUUAGCCUUGCAGGUAAUAUGCUUGGAAAGGUACCCAUAAGUGCAUUACGUAAUCAUCUAAGCUCAUUGACCACUCUUGACCUCAGCAAUAAUGAACUUGUUGAAAUAGAAUCGGAGAUAUUUGCUAAAUCAAAUAUCAGUCGAUUAUUACUUGCCGGUAAUCAUCUUGGUAUCAAUCCCACUGCUUUAUCAUUCAAUUCGCUAAAAACGGGAAUGGCAUUGCGUGAAUUGGAUUUGUCACGUAAUAGUUUUGAAAAUUUCCACUCGGAAUAUCUUGGAAUAGCCCGAGAAACUGUGGAAAUUUUGCAUCUUAACGAGAAUCAUAUUAGUACUAUCGAAGAACGGCUAACAGCUAAUAUGACGAAACUUAAAAUACUUCAUUUGGGAUAUAAUUUUAUUGAAUAUUUACCGAAAAAAUUACCCAAUGAAUUUGCUCAGCUAAUAUUUCUCAAUCUAUCGGGGAAUCAACUUUCCUCAUUACUGGAACAUUUGCGAGAAAUUUUACCUAUGCUUCGAAUGAUAGAUAUUUCGGAAAAUCGAUUUACAUCAUUCCCAGUUACGGUGGUUCAGAAUUUUUUCAACAGUUUAGAAAAAUUGAAGGUCAUUUUUUCGGAAGAAAAUAUAAAUCUUGAAAUUGGACAUUUUGUCUGA